GGUUCCUCCAGAGCCUCUAAACCUCUAUGCAAAGUGCCAACAAACAAAGUCUUCUUCUUCAAAUCUCUUCUUACCUUCCACGCAAAUAAUCCAUGAAAAAGUUGUAGGCUUUGAUUAGAGAUCUCUUCCGCGCGACUACAAUCAAUGGCGACUUCUUCUUCUUCCUCCUCAUCGUCGUCUCUCCUCUUACCGAACAUCAAUUUCCAUUCCAGACAAUCUACAAUCACUCGUUCCAUUUCAAUCCCCGGAAUUUUUCUGCCCAGGAAUCGCUUGAGAUACAAUCACAAUCUCCCGCUUCGAAUCAGAGCUUCCAAAGACGAUAAUGUCGCAGUGGAAGAUCGAGAAAAUGCAGUGAUCAGACAAGUUAACGGAAACGGAAGUGUUCGUUUAAACGGUAACGGAGCUGCGAGAAAACCCGUCAACGGAGAUUAUAACGGAAGUGCCCGUGUAAACGGUAGCGGUAACGGUAGCUUAGUGAAGUAUGUGAACGGAAGCGUAACGGUGGAAACGGAGGAAGUCUCAAAGAAGAGAAAAGAGGAAGUGAGGCAAAAGAGAGUAGAAGAUAUUGGUCAAGAAGAUGCUUGGUUUAAAAACACUCAACAAAAACAACAAGUUGAGGUUUCUGUUGCACCUGGUGGUCGAUGGAGUAGAUUCAAGACUUAUUCUACGAUACAGAGGACAUUGGAGAUUUGGGGAUUUGUUUUGACGUUUAUUUUCAGGACAUGGUUAAGCAAUCAGAAAUUUUCAUACAAAGGGGGAAUGACUGAGGAGAAAAAGGUUUUAAGAAGGAAGAUUUUGGCUAAGUGGUUGAAGGAAAACAUAUUGAGACUAGGUCCUACUUUUAUUAAAAUUGGGCAACAGUUUUCUACCAGAGUGGAUAUUCUUCCUCAAGAGUAUGUCGAUCAAUUGUCAGAACUUCAGGAUCAAGUUCCUCCUUUCUCUUCUGCUACAGCUCUAUCGAUUGUUGAAGAGGAGCUUGGAGGAUCUGUUGAUGAUAUAUUCGACCGUUUUGAUUAUGAACCUAUUGCUGCAGCUAGUCUUGGCCAAGUUCACCGUGCAAGAUUAAAGGGUCAAGAAAUUGUCAUUAAAGUACAGAGACCUGGUCUCAAGGAUCUCUUCGAUAUCGAUCUUAAAAACUUGAGGGUGAUCGCUGAGUAUCUCCAGAAGGUGGAUCCAAAAUCAGAUGGUGCGAAGAGAGAUUGGGUUGCAAUCUAUGAUGAAUGUGCCAGUGUAUUGUACCAGGAAAUUGAUUACACAAAGGAAGCAGCUAACUCGGAACUAUUUGCUAAUAACUUCAAAAACUUAGAGUAUGUAAAAGUUCCAUCCAUCUACUGGGAAUACACCACACCUCAGGUCCUGACAAUGGAGUAUGUCCCUGGGAUUAAGAUUAACAAGAUCCAAGCCUUAGAUCAGUUAGGUGUUGAUCGAAAAAGGCUAGGGAGAUAUGCUGUUGAAUCUUACCUGGAGCAGAUCUUGUCUCAUGGAUUCUUCCAUGCCGACCCCCACCCUGGGAAUAUUGCGGUUGAUGAUGUCAAUGGCGGACGGCUAAUCUUUUACGACUUUGGAAUGAUGGGAAGUAUCAGCCCAAAUAUUAGAGAAGGUUUAUUGGAGGCAUUUUACGGCGUCUACGAAAAGGACCCAGAUAAGGUCAUUCAAGCUAUGGUUCAAAUGGGUGUGCUUGUACCAACUGGAGAUUUGACGUCAGUCAGAAGAACAGCACUGUUUUUUCUCAACAGUUUCGAAGAGCGUCUUGCUGCACAAAGAAAGGAGAAAGAAGAAAUAGCAGCAGCAGAAGAGCUUGGGUUUAAGAAGCCACUGAGCAAGGAGGAAAAGCAAGAGAAAAAGAAGCAACGUUUGGCUGCCAUCGGAGAAGACUUAUUAGCCAUUGCAGCUGAUCAACCUUUCCGGUUCCCAGCCACAUUCACAUUUGUUGUUAGAGCCUUUUCAGUAUUGGAUGGCAUCGGCAAAGGUCUUGACCCCCGUUUUGAUAUAACGGAGAUUGCAAAACCAUAUGCUUUGGAAUUGCUACGGUUCCGGGAAGCUGGUGUAGAAGUUGUAGUGAAGGACCUGAGAAAGAGAUGGGACAGGCAAUCACAAGCAUUCUACAAUCUAUUUAGACAAGCUGAUAGAGUUGAAAAGCUAGCUGUCAUCAUCCAACGACUUGAGCAAGGUGAUUUGAAGCUUAGAGUCCGAGCUUUAGAGUCUGAGAGGGCGUUUCAACGCGUAGCAGCUGUUCAAAAAACAGUAGGAAGUGCUGUUGCUGCAGGAAGUUUAGUCAAUCUUGCAACGAUUUUGUAUCUGAAUUCUUUAAAAACACCAGCUACUAUAGCAUAUACGGUGUGUGCUUUCUUCAGCCUCCAAGUUCUAAUCGGAGUUAUAAAGGUCAAGAAAUUCGAUCAACGAGAAAAACUAAUCACUGGAACAGCUUAAUAAACUUGCUUGAUGUAUGUAGUAAAGCUACUCCAGUCUCCAUAAACGCUUUUGUGCUUAGAAGCAAAACAAAUUCUCCCAUAAAGAUUUUCACAGGAGUGGUAACCAUUUUCUUAGGUCUACAAAAGAAAAGACAUCUUAUUGAGAGGCAAGAGAUGAUAAACUCGUCAACGGCCAGACUCUCUCUUCUGAAAGUUUGAUUUUUUUUUUUUUUUGGGUAUUGGAUCAUAAGAAAUGGAGAGGAGACUCUAUAAUUUUUAUCAACAGAGUGGUUGUGUUAAGCCACAUGUUAAUGUGUAUAGAGACGUAGAAAUUAGGAAAAUCUUUCGUAAAAAUUUACUACUUGUUCCUUCAGUAAUAUGUAGCUCUCUAUUUCAGUCA